AUGCGCGGCGGCGGCGGCGGCGGCUUCGCGGCGCUGCGGCUCCUGCUGCUGCUGGUGCAAAUUGCGCUCCGGGGCUCACCUGUGGCAUGUGUGGCUGAACCAGCCGCUAGGAGCCAAUCCCUUCUCCUUCCCUCCAGGAGCUCCGAGCAGCUGGACUUUGCAGAAGAUGGUGACUAUGAUAUUGUGACAGCAUAUGAGGUAGACCAAAAUGGGGAUUAUAUCAGUCAUGCCGUGGCACACCACGAAAGGAGGAAGAGGUCUGCCUCCACGGGAGGAAGUGACUCGCUCCACCUGCGUUUCCAGGGAUUUGGCCGUGACUUCCAACUUGACCUGAAGACUUCUGAUUUCCUUGUGGCACCGGGAUUUACAAUACAGACAUUGGCCAAAGGGAGAACCAAGUCAAUACAGACCUACCCAGCGGAAGAGUUCUGCUUUUAUCAAGGUGUCUUGCGAUUGCACAAAAACUCAUCUGUAGCACUUUCAACAUGUGGAGGCCUGUCAGGCUUGAUCAGGACGCAGGAAGCGGAUUACUUGCUGAAACCACUACCUCCAAGUCUUGCACUUAAACAUGACUUCUCUGCUGCUGGCAGCCCCCACUCUCACGUACUGUAUAAAAGAUCUACUGAGCCUCAGCUGUCAAUUGAGAACGAGGUCACUGCGAAGGAGAGGCAACGAGAGGCGGACGCUUCCGGUGUUUCCCAUGAAUCCCAGCGCCGCCACCAUUCCAAGCAGCAACGCAAACAGCACUUUUGUGGAAGGCGCAAGAAAUAUAUGCCUCAGCCUCCACAUGGAGAUACCUUUAUCUUGCCAGAUGAAUAUAACUACCUGCUGAGAAACAAGCGAUCUCUUCUGAAGGGCUACAAAAACAAAGAGCUGAAUGUUGAGACGUUAGUGGUGGUUGACAGGAAGAUGAUGCAAAACCACGGGCGCGACAAUAUCACAACUUACGUCCUGACUAUAUUGAAUAUGGUUUCUGCACUAUUCAGAGAUGGAACAAUUGGAGGGAAUAUUAACAUUGCUGUCGUUGGUUUGAUCCUUUUGGAAGAAGAACAGCCAGGACUCACGAUAAGUCAUCACGCAGACCGUACGUUGAGCAGUUUUUGCCAAUGGCAGUCGGGGCUGAUGGGGAAAGAUGGCAGCCGCCACGACCAUGCCAUUUUGCUUACUGGCCUGGACAUCUGCUCCUGGAAGAAUGAGCCCUGUGAUACCUUAGGAUUUGCUCCAAUAAGUGGAAUGUGCAGUAAAUAUCGCAGUUGCACCGUUAAUGAAGACACUGGCCUGGGGCUGGCAUUUACUAUUGCACAUGAGUCCGGGCACAACUUUGGCAUGAUCCAUGACGGAGAAGGAAAUAUUUGCAAAAAGUCAGAAGGCAACAUCAUGUCCCCCACUCUGGCAGGACACAACGGGGUCUUCUCAUGGUCAGCUUGCAGCCGCCAGUAUCUCUACAAAUUUCUAAGCUCUGCCCAGUCGUUGUGCCUUGUGGAUCAGCCAAAGCCUGUGCAGGAAUACAAGUACCCGGAAAAGUUGCCUGGAGAGUUGUACGAUGCGGCCACUCAGUGUAAGUGGCAGUUUGGAGAGAAGGCCAAGCUGUGCAUGAUGGAUUUUAAAAAGGAUAUUUGCAAGGCAUUGUGGUGCCAUCGGGUUGGCAGAAAAUGUGAGACCAAAUUUAUGCCUGCCGCAGAAGGUACAAUGUGUGGUUAUGACAUGUGGUGUCGUGGUGGCCAGUGUGUGAAAUAUGGUGAUGAAGGGCCCAAGCCAACCCAUGGCCAUUGGUCAGAGUGGUCCAGGUGGUCAUCUUGCUCCAGGACCUGUGGAGGAGGAAUAUCUCAUCGAGAGCGAAACUGCACCAAUCCAAGACCAUCCCAUGGAGGAAAGUUCUGUGACGGUUCCCCCCGAAUGUUAAAACUCUGUAACAAUCAGAAGUGCCCCAAAAACACCAUUGACUUCAGAGCGGCCCAGUGUGCAGAAUUCAACAGCAAGCGAUUUCGAGGGUGGAAUUACAAGUGGAAACCUUACACCCAAGUGGAAGACCAAGACUUGUGCAAGCUCUAUUGUAUUGCAGAGGGCUUUGAUUUCUUCUUUUCUCUGUCGAACAAAGUAAAAGAUGGGACGCCAUGUUCCGAGGAUAGCCGUAACGUGUGUAUAGAUGGGAUUUGUGAGAUGGUUGGUUGUGAUCAUGUCUUAGGCUCCAGCGCUGUGGAAGAUGCUUGUGGAGUGUGCAGAGGAGAUAAUUCGAGCUGCAGAACCUAUAAAGGGCAGUACACUAAAUACCACCCCACAAACCAGUACUAUACGUUAAUCACCAUUCCUGCCGGAGCACGCAGCAUUCAUAUCUAUGAAAUGAACAUUUCCAACUCCUACAUUGCUGUUCGUAGUUCCAAUAAAAAAUACCACCUCAAUGGUUACUGGACUGUGGACUGGCCGGGAAGAUACAAAUUUGCUGGAACCGUGUUUGACUACCGGAGGCGGCACAAUCAACCGGAGACAUUAAGUGCUUCUGGACCCACGAAUGAAAGUGUGGUAAUAGAGCUUCUCUCUCAAGGUAAAAACCCAGGAAUCGCUUGGGAAUAUUCCCUUCCUAAGGCAGAAAAUGAAAAGACGACAGCACUGAAGCAUAACUAUACAUGGGCUAUCACCCACUCCGCAUGCUCAGUCUCGUGUGGAGGAGGUCAAAUGGUCACAAAAGAAAGCUGCUAUAAAGAUCGGCAAGUGCAAGUGGAUACUUCUCUUUGCAAUCCCCGAGGUCGGCCGGCUUCUGGAAUCGUUCCUUGCAAAAUGCCAGCUUGCCCUCCCAGCUGGUCUGCUGGCAACUGGAGUGAGUGCAGUUUGACAUGUGGAGGAGGAGAGCGAUAUCGGCAUGUCCGCUGUAUGCAGAGAAUUCAGUACAAGCCAGAAUGGGUGUCAGAUUCUCUUUGUCGAUACUCUGCCCCGGUCACCAGGGAGCUGUGCAACACCCAAAACUGUCCACCUACCUGGAGUGCUGGGCCCUGGUCUGAGUGUUCUAGAAGUUGUGGAAAAGGGUGGAGAAAGAGAGUAGUCCUAUGCAAAAGCUCCAGUUCCUCUCUCUGGCCUCAGAUUUUGCCUGACUCAGCCUGUAUAGCAGAACUGAAACCGAAAAUGCAAGAAACCUGCCUCCUUAAGCGAUGCCAUAAACCCAAGAAGCUGCAAUGGUUUGUUUCUGAAUGGUCUGAGUGUUCUGUCACUUGUGGAAAGGGAGUACAGAGAAGAACUCUGAACUGUGCAGAGAAAUAUGUUUCUGGAAAGUACAGGGAACUGGCUCCUAAGAAGUGUUCCCACCUACAGAAACCCAGCACCAACUUGGAAACAGCCUGCAUCUUAAACCUGUGCCCCAGGCACCCUGUGUACUUGCCAAUAAGCCAGAGCAGCUGGAUCUCCUCUCCUUGGUCUCAGUGCACAGCAACUUGUGGAGGGGGCAUGCAAGUGCGAUCCGUUCAGUGCCUAGCCAAUGGGAGGUUGGCCACUGGUUGUCUCCUACACCAAAAGCCCAUCGCCUCACAAGCCUGCAACACCAACUUCUGCCCUCUUCCAGAAACAAAAGAGGCCUUCUGCAAAGAUUACUUUAAUUGGUGCCACUUGGUUCCCCAGCACGGUGUUUGCAAUCAUAGUUUCUACGGUAAACAAUGCUGCAGGUCUUGUAUCAACUCCAAUUUGUGAGACUUGGUUCUUCGAUGCAAAGGCAUCGUUUCGAGUGUAAAAUGAGCUGCGUAUUCUAACUCGGCCCAUUGAAGAUAGGAGUCUUGACCGUGACUGCAGUUUGCUCCAAAAGCAUUUUUCCCCCCAUUAAUCGACUGAGCCUGGACACCAGGACUACCCAUGCGUCUCAGAUCCUUCUCAGUAUUCUCAAGGCAUCCACGGUGCUGAUAUCUGAGGCAUACCUUGUUCAGAAGUCAUGUGGAGAGAAAGGGCUCACAAUGAACAGCACAGUGUUCAGAGUUUAAAACUCACGGAAAAGGUGAUUCUUGUGAAGCGGGCACCUUCUUUCGGGAGGGUCUUGAACAGUCUGGAGGAAGACUACCUGAGGCCAGCAUCACAGAGAUCAGCAGAGCCCAUGAGAAGCCUUUUUUACCUCAGUUAUCACUGCGGAAAAUGGAGGCAAUGUUAACAAGCCCUUCGGGCACAACUCACGGGAGCUGCUCGUGCCCCUGCCCCGAUAAAACAAAGGGAACUGCCCUAGAGCCCUGCAGUGGGGCUCGUGCAAAAGAACUUCUCAAGGCAUGGAAUAUUUAUGACUUCUCACUGGCAUCCUCUUGCACAGCUGUGGGAACCAGCACUGCAGGCUCCUGAAUGAGCUCCGUUGACGGAAAGGGGGCCAGCAGAAGGGCGCUACUCUGCUCCCCAGGAGCUCCUGUCCAUUUCGAAAGGAACUCGCAUGGAAAUCCCCAGCAGAUUGUUCACCUGCCGCUGCAUGCCAGUCACCUUAGUCAUGCAAUUCCUAAAUUCCCCAUGAAAACGAAUACUGUAAUGGAGUACAGCGGCUGAAACAUACUUGAGGUUCAUUUGCCUGUUUUUUUUUAAUGUCCUAAGUUAGUUAUAUCUAUUAGCUUUUAAUGAAUAUGAGCCGGGGAAACAAGCCUCAGGGUGCCUUUCUCAACUUCUGUGUUGGCAAUAAGAUACUGUAUAUUUCUUCUUUUCAAACAGGCAAUCUUAUUUAAACAUCCCUGUUUUAUGCUUUUCUGUUAAGUAUAAAAUCUGUGUCCUGCCUCCAGUGGCUGAUAAUACCAAAAUGCUGUUUUGCUUGUAUUUAAAUGUAAGGUACUUUCACACUAGAUUCCAGCACUGUAGACACAUGAAUAAUAAACUUUUUUUUUUUUGCAUUUCAGUAGCUAUUCAGAUCAACUGGAAAUAUUUUACAUCUUUAGAAGCUGCAGGAAAAGCCAACUUCAGGGGCUGUGUGUGUUUUGCAACUGGGUUGGGAAGGAAGUCGUGGUAUAGAGCACAGAAUGUUCACUUCCUAGAAUCAGUCUUGUUUUCAUUAAACAUCAUAAGUGUCUAGUCCUCGUGGCUGCAAAUAGAGGAUUGGAAAGCAUAUGAGCCACACCAGAUGAAAUAUCAGAUGGCAAAGCAAUUGCUGAGUAAGAUUUCCAGUGUUUGGGGUGAGGCUUCAGCGCCCAACAUAGCUGGUUGUGACCCCAACUAGCAAAAGCAGAAUAAAGCUGUAAUAUGGUUUAAUCAACAGAAAACACACUUGGAUUCAGUGGGACUUCUUUUCAAGUAAAAAUUUGCACUGCAAAUGCUACACAGUAAGGGAAAUCAUACAAAUGCGCAUUAUUUGCAUAAUGUACACAGUCAAAAAUUGGACUUUUCUUUGUGCAGUCCCCCCCCCCCUCAUUUUUCAAGCAUAAAAACAUGCACAGCCCUGACAAUAAUGUGCUCUGCAAUUUCAAGAGUGGUGCUUACUUAAGACUUUCUGGUGCUGUCGCUCCAAACGGGAACGCAACUAUUUAUGUUACCUGAAGUUAAUAAAUUUUUUAUUUGUUUC